GAACGCAGAAAUGUCAGAUUUUCCUGUUGUCAUCUGUGAAUUCGGUCUGCGCGAUCGAUAACGCGAAUUGGCUAUUCGGAGUAGCCGAGGUUGUGCUCUUAUUGAGCCGUUGAUGUACAGUUAGUUAACAUUGGUGCUGGGAAUAGCAAAAUUUUCCUUAUAAAGUGUUAAGAUGGAUACGAGUGGAGCGUACGGCGGCGGCAAGGCCGGGGGCGCCUUCGAUCCCCAAGCUUUCAUCCAGAGACCACCCGUCAUCGUCAGGGCGGUCUGUUGGUUGUUCAGCGUGAUCGUGAUGGGCUGUAUCUCGGCUAAGGGCUGGCGCAAGGCUCCCGAUGGCAAGGAGUACUGCGUGUAUAAUGACGACACCAACGCCUGCAACUAUGGAGUCGGCAUCUCCGUGAUCGCAUUCGUCGCGUCCAUCGGAUUCAUCGCGGGAGAGUAUCUCUUCGAGCAAAUGUCUUCUGUCAAGACCAGGAAGCAUUACGUCUUGGCUGAUAUGGGAUUCUCUGCAUUCUGGGCGUUCUUAUACUUCGUCGGUUUCUGCUACUUGUCUAACGCGUGGGGCAAGACCGACAACCCACCCGUGGGUACUGCAAACAACAUGCAAGGAGCCAUCGCGUUCUGUUUCUUCUCUAUCUUUGCCUGGGUGGCGUGCGCGUUCUUCGCGUUCCAGCGGUUCCGCGUGGGCGCGGACGCGGCGUUCGCGCCGGCGUACGAGGUGGAGGGCGCGGCGGGCAGCCCGGGCGCCUUCCCCGCGUACCCCGCCGCGCCCGACCCACAGCCCGCCUACGCCGACCCACCAUUCUCCCAGACACACGCCACUGGAAACAUCGACUACACGGCUCCGACUUACUAAGCUGCUGCGUGGCAUCAUGGAGAUGGAUUUAAUCAAAGUUUAUUUGCAAUCUCAAAUCACUACUGAAAGUAAGUAAUUAUCACAACUAGACCCACAAAACCGGAACAUGUACAACAAUCGAAAAAAUCAAGAUUGUAAUCGAUUACUCUCGAUUACAAGAAUCGAUAACCAAAGAUUAACCAAACUAUUCUGGAUGGACGAGAAUAAAAAUGAUUACUUAUUCAGUAAAAACAAAACAAAAUCAUGUCCAUUUGUUUUAAAAUCGAAGCUUAUUUUUUUAUUUAUUUAAGUGUAGUUGUAAUCACUCUCAUUACUUUUAACGAUACCAAAGUUCAUGUACAUUGUAAUCAAAACGUGUUUGUUUUUAUAAUAUAUUCGAAUAUAUAAAAAUCGUGUAUCGCUUCACAGUACCUGCUUUUAGGUAAUUUGACAAUAUUCACGUAUAUAAUGUAAUAUAACAUUAUUUAAUAUGUAAAUAACAAUGUAUUUAAACAAUAUACCUAAAAUUGGCUAUCUCAAGCGGGUAGUGACGUCACAAAAUUAUUUCUAAUUGAUCAGUUUCAAAAGGUCAGUUAUCUGGUGUUAUUUUUACUUUAUCUCAUUAUAAUGAAUUCCGUUUAAAAGUUACUAAUUAAAUUGAUUUAAUACUAAUUAUAAAUAUGUAUUUGUACCGCGUAUUUUCGCGCGACAAGGUAUUUUCUAAGCAUUGUGUUUCAUUAAAAAUGCCUAGAAUAAAAUGCCAUGUUGAACACUUACGAAAGUUUCUUCAGUGUCGCCAUCUAGUCGUUUGAGAUCGCAAACCCAAUAUUAUGUGAUAAAUAUUAUUUUAUAAAUUGUCGUCGCCAUCAUCGUGCCAUGUCUACAAAAGUUAUAGAAAGUUUAUUUUUUUAUUGAUAGUAUUAUUUUUAAACCUAUAAAUCACUCGUAUCGUAUUACACCUUACCUCAUUGUAGCUAUGAAUAAGAAAAGGAUAUAUUUAAUAUAAUAUAAUUUAUAAUAUUCUUGAAACAGUGUGGUUACUAAGACAUAUAUAAAAUUAAAAUAUCAACUUAAAUACAUACUUAAACUUUAGAAAUUAGUAUUCUUCUAGCAAUUUAGUAAAAACGUAGCGGUUUGAUUAAAUAGCAAUAUUCAAAUCAUUUUAAAGCUGAAUGGUACUAUCUAAGUAAAUAAAAUCUAGUAAACGUUUACCACUUCCUAGAAAUAACCGGGUAUAAUGAAAUAAGCGGGUUUUUUGAAUAAAGUUGCAACACCGUGCGGUUUGAAAUCUGACAUCUGUCAAUGUAUUCAAAGUCUUAGUGAUUACUCUGUGUAACGUACAAUGUAUCCAAAGCUUGAAUAUUGAAUCUCUUGUAUCUAGGACUAAAUACUAGUUAUUAUGUACUCUUGAACAGCAUAUCGCCACUUAUUGACAUGUUAUUGUAACACGACAUUGAUUUUUGUGCAAUAUCACAUUGUUAUUAGGUACGAAACGCUUUUAAAGUGAAUACGUUUGGUACACUCGGCUGCAGUUUAUGCAGUUUUUUUCUUCAGUAUUUUUGCCGAUAGAAAUAUCGUUUAUGGUGACGUGAAAUACCGUUGAAAUAAGUACAAUCAAGUACAACGGUAGUAAUCGGGUGUUUUUAGUAUUCAUUUGCAGUGAAUUGUAGGUUUUAGGUGAGUACUGCAUUCUGCAGUACAUUUUACUUAUUGAGGUUAUUUUCCGGCACUGAAUUCUACAGCUGAGUGCAUAUCCGUUUUAUUUUAUCUCUAUUUUCCUUAUAAGAAUUGUUAUAGCUUAUAAGAUAGUGUAUAUCUCUUAAUACCCACUAUAUGUAAUAUAUAAUGCAAUCUGAUACACACCAACAGUAUUAAUACAUAGUUAUAUGUAUGACGUAAGCGCUUUACCCAAGAUCAUAGUAUUUUUUUAACUUAAAAAAAUAUAUUGUAAGAAAAGCUAUCUGGUAGUAUAUAAUUUAUCUUCCGGGCACAUUUUUAUUACUACUCUUGAAUAUAUUUUUAAUAGUCUUACUGUUCUAAGCUGUCGAUGUAAUUUAAACUGUAUUUGAUGCAGUCAAGGUCUAAAAUUGAGUACAAAGCAGUCAACCCCGGAGUGGAUAAUUGAAAUGUGUCCCUGUAGGACUUUUGUAAAGUCGGCUUGCUCAUAGAUCGAUGUUUUGUAAAAGAAAUACUAUAUCUCUAUACUUAAUACCUAAUUAUAGUGUGGUUGAAGUCCUCUCCGAGCGUAGGAAAUGUAUCGUAUGUAAAGUUGAAAUUGUACCCUAUUAGAUAUCUAUAUAUCUUUCAAGUAAAACAGAUGUUUAAAAAAGAUCUCUUUAAAACUAUUUAUGACUAUAUCGAAAAGAAAAAUGUUAUUGAAAAAACGCAACUCGUAUUUUGCUAAAUGCAUUUCUUAUUAUUAAUAUUCGUAAGCGUAAUAAAUGUGUGCAAUAAUGGUUCUAAACUGUAUUUAUUUAAAUGUUUAUAUUUAGAUAAAUUAUAUUUAGCGUGAAAUUUGUCAACGUCGGCUUCUCAACGUCAGCGGGCCUGUAGUUGUCUUUGUCACUUCCAUAGCUUGCACUAUUAUUUGUUAAGAAUUCUUAGCAAUAAUAUCGAUAUUCAGAAAUACACUUUAAGGACAGAGCAACUUGAAAAAAUGGCAGCACUGUCACUUUUUUAAGCUUGCAACCCUUUAGUAAAGAGUGCAUCUGAAUUGUAUAACGUUCAUAUCAGUCGUAUGUGUUAAGGGCAUAUUUCGUAUUGUAGAAGAUAAAUCAAAAUGAUAUACAUAUAUUACAAUCAAUAUAUAUUUAGAUAAAUAUAAAUUAUAUUAAUAUAACUACAUUUAUCAUGUUUAAUCUGACCAAACUUGUAAUACAUUCCAUGCAAAAAGUGGACUGUCAUUGCGAUUCAAAAUACGGGUAUAACGUUGUCAAAAAAUGUAUCGAAAGUAGCCCACUCAAAAACAAAAAUAUGCACCACCUACUUUCAGAAAUAUGUAUCAAAUAUAGUGAUAUUAAAUGCCCUUCGAUCACAUGAUUGAUAUUUAAAAAAUGUUGUAUUGUUUACAUAAUCGCUAUAUUUGUAAACAUUCAUCUGUACACUACGUAGGUAACAUUAGAUGUAGAUCUGUAACUGAAUGUUGGAUAGUAUGUUCUGACUAUAAUAAAAAAACUACUAAACAAUAAAAAAAAUAUUGUAAUAAGUGUUGAGUAUUUUAAUGCUAAAAUCGUUCAGUGUUCGGUAAAUACUUAAUCUUAGGAGAAAUGUAUGAAUAUUAUUUUGUUUGAUUAUUUUUUUAUUUUAUAUUGUGUACUUACCAAAGACAGUUUUUCGAAAAAAGAUGUAAUGAUAUCAAUAACGAUGCAUUAAUGAAAAGCAUAAGGUGGAAAAGAAAUUUGUCCGUGGCAUAAUAUACCGCCAAAAUAACUGUAUUUAAAAAUCCUCAGCGAGCAUCUGCAUCUUGGAAAAUUAAUGAAAGACAGUAUAAUAAUAUGUUGUAUUUAAUUUAAUUAUUUAUUAUCAAAACUAGAUUGUUCGUUGACGUGUCUGUAGGUACAUACUGAAUAUAUAGGUUUUGGAUUUUAAAAGACAUUACAAGACUUUCGAUAAAAAUGUGACAUAAACUUGUGUCAGAUUUGAUUUACAACCAGCCAAUCAUUAACGAUAUUCGUAUCAGGAAAAUAGGUGAAAAAGAACUCAAAUCAUACAUGUAUUUAAAAGUAUAUGUGUAGAUAUUAUAACAACAAAAGCAAACGCGUAAAUCGAGUAAGUUGACCUACUUAGUUUGUUAGAUAAGGGCUAUCGUUAUCUUAUCUCAAUUUCGAGCUACCGUGAUUCUAUACUAUUUAAAUCAGAUUUUAUCUCGGUCAAUAAUAAUUCAUUGAAAGGUGCCUCAUUUACGAAAUGAAAUAAGGUUGAACACUAUUCAAUUAAAUUGUUCAAAUCCUUUCUUGUUUCUAAUUUGGAUAGUAUUCGGUAAAAUCAAUUGAAUUUCAAACGCACAAAACAAAGCGAAUCCAAUUUGUAUUUAUGUUCAGUAUGUACCUUAAGUAAUGUGUUUGAUGUUCGAUAAUAAUGUGCAAAUGAAAUAAUGAUAAAUAAAAAGUAAUUGGAAUAAUUUAGAUAUUGUGGA